AUGAACAUCAACAAGAUCGCAAUUAUAGGAGGAGGACCCAGUGGUUUGGUGACACUAAAUGAACUCCUGCAUACAUCUAAAGAUGGAACAUCAACGAUACAAAGCUUUGAAGUGGAGAAGAACAGAAUUUCCGAUGAUCCUGCAUUUGAAAAAAUAGUGGUUUUUGAACAGGGUCAGGAUAUAGGUGGAGUGUGGAAGUAUUCUGAGGAGAGAGACCCCUCUUUCCCCAAAUGCGAUCCCAAUAACUAUCACAGACCGGAAUUUGUGAGCCCUGCGUUUGAAUGUCCCCCCUCAGAAGAAUUAAAAUGUACAUCGAGAGAGAAACCGUUUUGCAGAGAUAUCUCAUCACAAAGUUCAACAUGGACUAAAAGUGGAAUAUAUAAACAUCUAUUCACUAAUGUUCCAAAUAACCUGAUGCGCUUUUCAUCUGGAUUAGACAUUGAAAUUCCUGGUACGGCAUCGCAUGAAAACCCGUACUAUCCUUUCGUAACCCAUCAACAAGUUUUACAAUAUCUAGAGGAAUAUACAAGGGUGAACAAUUUGCGUGAAUACAUCAGAUUCAAUUCGACUGUAGUGAAACUUCAUAAGGUCGAUGGGAAAUGGAGGGUCACUGUUUUAAACAAAGGUGAUGAAUCUAGCAAAGAUAAGUGGUACAUUGAAGAUUUUGAUGCUGUAGUUUUAGCUACAGGGAGGUUUAAUAUCCCAUUUGUUCCGUAUGUUGAAGGGAUGUGCGAAUAUAACGAAUCUCAUCCAACUGUGAUUUCACAUACCAAGGCAUAUCGGGAAGUAGAAGAAUAUCGUGGCAAAAAAGUGUUAGUUGUAGGGUCCAGUAUCAGCGCUAUUGAUCUGUUACAGUACUUGAUUCCUGCCGCUCGAGAAGUUUGGGUGGCUAGUGAUAGGAAAGUGGAAAGUGGAGGACACGUCAAGGAAGGACAAUGGAUUCAUGAUAUAUUAAGUGAUGAAAACGCAAAGUUUCAUAGGUGUCGCAGAAUACAACGCAUUCAUACCGAUGGAGGUGUUGAAUUUACAGACGGAUCAAUUCAAUACGAUUUUGAGAAAAUAUUGUUUGCAACUGGGUAUCACUUGUCAUAUCCUUUCUUAGACGUUCCCGAAAAUGCAGGAAAGGAGUACAUUCGAAUCCUCUCGGGCAAGCACGGGUCUGAGAAUCAUGCCCAGACCAAAUCAGAUGGCUUAUUCAUGCACACAUUUUCUGUAGUUGAUCCCACGUUGGCUUUUGUGGGGAUUGCGCACAACCCACUGAUAUUUUUAACAUCCGAAGCCAAUGCAAUGGCGAUAUCAGGAGUUUGGAGUGGAUCCCGGGAACUCCCACCAGUGGCAGAGCAAGUCGAUUGGUGUGCAGAGAAACUCGAUUUGGAGAGAGUUGGUCUACAAAUGAUCGAUGAAAAUGACUUGAAGGAUUUCAUUGAUGAGAUUUAUUCUUAUGCUCCUAAGGACAGGGUCAGCUUCUCUUAUCUGAUUAAGGAGGACGAGGUUGAACGAUCCAGACACGUACUUAAAGACUUAUUUUACGAUUAUACUGAAGGCAGGAGAUGCUGA